AAAAGACAAAACUUUGAGUGUUGAACUGACAGGGACUUGAUUCUUCCAACAGCUUCCAAAAAUCGUUUUGCUGUCCUAAACUCUUCUGCAUAGAUUCAAUUCCAAACACCCCAGUUUCCCCCAGGGCUCCCGGUAGUGAUCUAUGUCUGCUGAAUCUUCCUAAUGGCCUGUAAUGGUGCAAUCCAGCCUUUGCUAUCAGGAUCAGCAACUUCGACAACUCAAAAGAGUAAUGGGGAUGCACCAAGGAUAAGAAGACUUAGACGUGUUAGAAGUGCUCAUUUAGCAGAGUUUGUUCCUUGUGGUAUCAAAGGCAAUGUUUCACUCCCACGUUCCGAGUCCAUUUUCGGGAGUCUUCACCCAAGUUUUAAGAAGGUAGCCAUAUUCUUGACAGUAUACUUAGGUGUAGGCACCAUUUGCUUCUAUACGGUCAGGAACCAAAUCAGAGGGGAAAAAACAAAUGGGAUUCUUGAUGCUGUUUAUUUCUGUGUUGUUACAAUGACAACUGUUGGAUAUGGAGACCUGGUUCCUAACAGCAACCUUACAAAACUACUAGCCUGUGCUUUCGUCUUCACGGGAAUGGCUCUGAUUGGACUUGUACUGACCAAAGCUGCAGAUUACUUGGUAGAGAAGCAAGAAACAUUGCUGGUUAAAGCCUUACAUAUGCAUCAAAAAGUUGGUCAACUUGAGAUUCUAAAGGAGAUUGAAAACAACUGGAUAAAAUACAAGUUUUAUAUGGCCUUGAUCCUGCUCAUUGUGCUUAUAUUAACCGGUACUAUCUUCCUAUCAAAAGUUGAGAAUUUAGAUCUAAUCGAUGCAUUCUAUUGCGUUUGUUCUACCAUCACAACCUUAGGCUAUGGAGAUAAAAGCUUUUCAACCGAAGGGGGGCGUAUUUUUGCUGUAUUUUGGAUCUUAGCUGGUACUAUUUGCUUGGCUCAGUUUUUCCUCUACAUUGCCGAGCUAAAUACAGAGAAGAGACAAAGAGCACUGGUGAAGUGGGUUCUUUGCCGAAGAAUGACGAAUGUGGAUUUGGAGGCAGCUGAUCUUGAUGAUGAUGGUGUUGUUGGAGCUGCUGAGUUUGUUCUAUUCAAACUUAAAGAGAUGGGGAAGAUUUGCCAAGAUGAUAUUUCACUUAUCAUGGAGGAAUUCGAGGAACUUGAUGUUGAUCAGUCGGGAACCUUGUCUGCAUCUGAUAUAAAUCUAGCUCAAUCAGUUGAAACUAGGAGGUCAUAGAAACCAUAUACAGAUAAAAAAAAUGUUAUCAUUAGCCAGCAUCUAUUGCGGAACGAGGUGAAUAAUCUUAGAGCUAUUCACCAAAUCUGUAAUUCGAAUGACUAAUCGGAUUUAAACAGGUUGUAUUGAACUUCUUUUCCCUCUGUCAAUAUACAUAUUUUUGCUGA